UCUCUCUCUCUCUCUCGCGCGCGCGCGCACACACACACACACACACACACACACACACACACAGGGCAUGCAGUUAACAAUAAAGCAAACACCAAAGCUUUUAUAGCUGUUUGAGAUGGGUUUCAAUAAAGUUCAUAGGGUGCUGCAGGAAAUUUUCCCACACGUAGCAGAGAUUGAUGCUCGCUUACUGAGGGCUGUUGCUGUUGAGCAUCGUAAGGAUGCUAAUGUAGCAGUUGAGGCUGUUCUCACUGAGGUUAUUCCUUUUCUUUCUGAAAGGACAAUGGCCACUAAUUCUUCCAACGAGAGUGAGAUUGCAGUAAAUUCAUCUGAAGUGGACAUUACAGAUGCUGAUACAACUGUUCGGAGUGAUGAGGGCCUUCUGGCGGAUUCAAUAUGCAUGGAUGAGGCACUAAAGGGUUCUUCGUUCUAUGAUGCAAAUGAAAGUCAUGAUCAAGUAUGUGCAGAUGAUGGAAAUGAUGAACUGGUCUUGUCACAGAAAUGCGAUGAGAGCUGUGACAAAGGUGCGCUUGAUAUGUCCUCCCGUGUCACAUCUAUCGCCUUGAUACAUGACAAUGGUACAAGUGAACAUCAUCACAAUUUUCAUCAAAAACAUGUAGUCACUGAAAGUGAAAGCAGUCCUAUAGUUGAGCCCGGUCUAAGUUCACUUGUCUCGUCAACCACUUUGGAAUCUUGUGAUUUUGAUAUGGUUGUCCAGGGUGAAAGCCAUCACCACGUGCAUGGAAACCUUUUGGAAGUGGACAGUUCUAUGGUCCAGCUGGCUGAAUCCCCCGAACAAGAAUGCGUUCAGAAUGUUCCAGAAAGCGGCCUUCAGUUGGUAGCCAUGCCAGAUAUGGUAACUGCUGAUGUUGAGCAACCAGAAGGUCCAGAGCCUAGCAAUACUUUCAAUGCUGCUUCCAAGAAAGAUAUUUGCACUUGUGAAAUGGUUGAUCUUGAUGGUGACUUGAACGAUAUGAUUACACGAUCUGCCCGAAUUUGUAGUACUGACCUUCUUGAGGAUAUCAUUGAAGAAGCAAGAGGUAGCAAGAAAACAUUGUUUUCAGCCAUGCAGUCAGUUAUUAGCUUGAUGAGAGAACUGGAGCUUCAAGAGAAAGCUGUAGAGGAAGCAGCUGAGGCAGGCUUGGACAUACUCGUCGGGGUGGAAGACCUUAAACAGAAGCUGCAACAUGAAAAGGAAGCAAAUGACAUGCGUGCUGGUGAAGUAUAUGGAGAGAGGGCCAUCCUAGCUACCGAAGUGAGGGAGCUUCAAUCUCGCGUGCUUAGCUUGUCAGAUGAAAGGGACAAAUCUCUUGCAAUUCUUGCUGAGAUGCGUCAAACAGUUGAGGUACGUCUUGCUGAAGCAGAGAAACUGAGGAAGGAAGCAGAGCAGGAAAGGCUAGAAAAAGUGGAGUCUGCAUGGAAAGCAUUUGCCGAGCAAGAACUCAUAAUGGAGAAGGUGGUUCAAGAGUCAAAGCUACUGAAGCAAGAAGCAGAGAAGAAUUGUAAGUUACGUGAAUUCCUUAUGGAUCGGGGCUGUGUCGUUGACAUGCUGCAAGGAGAAAUGAAGUUGCUGAAGGAGAAGUUUGACAAGCUUGUACCACUUGGGAAGUCUCUUUCUUCCGCUCAAGCAAGUUGCAUCUUAGCCUCUUCAGGCUCAUCUUUGAAGAAUAUGGCUCCUGAUCAGGUACCUGAGCAAGAUGAUGAAACUGAAACAGAAAACAAGACCAGCCCAACACCCUUGAUUCAUGAGAAGCUUGUAUAUGGAGAGGAGACAGCCAGAGAUGAUCACAAGGCCCUUGUGGAAGAUGGAUGGGAAUUUUUUGACAACUGAGAAUUUCAUAUGUGAGGAGACAGCCAGAGAUGAUCACAAGGCCUUUGUGGAAGAUGGAUGGGAAUUUUUUGACAACUGAGAAUUUCAUAUGGGAGUUCAUUAUAGUUUGAGGAUACAACUAAGGAAGAGAACUCCUUAAAAGAAGAUCGUUUGCAAAUCUUGGACCUUGUCAGUUAUGAGUUUCUAUUAUAGUUCACAGGUACCAUGGAAUCCCAUGGAGCCAAGCUUUUUUGCAAAUAAACAUUUCUUAUGUACAGCAUCGAUAUAUAAAUAAAUAGUUGAGGUAAUUUCGGCGACAUGUUAGCGAUGAUAGUCGCAUAUGCUGUCCUGUCUUACAAAUUGUGCUUCAAGAGAU